AUGGAAGGAUCAAGAACUGAAGGACUGGAAUAAAGAAGUGGUGUCAGGCAACAGCAUGUCGAUGAUGAUCCUUCUACAGGACCUUUUCCUAAUUGGAGAUCUAUACUAUCACCAACACGGCCUUCCACAGAAACUAAGACUCCCUCAGUAGCUGACCUUUCUCUGGGACAGACUUUGGAGAACGCAGACCUGCUUCAGAUGAUAAAAACAACGCUGACUGGUGCCCGUACCAGGACUUUGGAUCAGAUGCACGUGUCACCCUCCCUCUAUCAAGGCAGUGGGAACAGUGCGCCCCAGGACCCCGCUGAGGUUUCAGCCGAGUCGCCCCUGAGGCCGUCGUCUCAAGAUGCAGAUGACACAGCUGCUCUAACAGUGUUAUCUGGAGUAUCUUCUGGUGCAAUACCUACAGUAGAAACUUCAGAAGCAAAACCACUAACAAGAAAAUCAUCUCCAGCUUCACCAGUGCCAGCUUCUUCCUUCUUUUCUCUAGGCACUGAAAACACACCUUUGCCAUCCGUGAUGGCUUUAAGCACACCGGUCCUGACACUAACAAAAAAUAACACUGCCACAAAACUGACACCGGAUCUAAGCUCAGUAGGAACACGGGCAGAUUUUCCUUUUGCAACGAGAAACACGACUGCCUCACCUCUGGACAUGCCAGCUCUGCUCAUAACCCCCAAGAGCAGCACGGUCACAGCUUCCACACUCGCACCCACAGCCCACGUACCAAGGCAGAUAGAAACAACCGUAACUGACACCCAGAAGUUCCCGAGCUCAGACAUCACCAAAACGCCAACCCCAUUCCCACUGACAAUGACAGCAGCUUUGACAUCUAUUACAGCAUCAGCGAAAACAACUAGGCUUCCCCCUCCUGCAGUGGAACUCACCCCUGCUCCUCCCGACACCACGGCAGCAGCCGCUUUCGCUAACAUGACGGCAGCUCCCUCCCUGGAUUGCCGGCUCUCUGCCAACAUGAUGGUGAAAACAGUUCUGUUUCUGAACACAAGGAGGAUGAUGAUCAGCAAUGCCUUCAGGGAGAGUGUGAGAAGAGGCCUCAACCAAGUGCUGAGACAAGCUUUCAACCAGAAUGUCAGUGCUCAGGUUGAAAUCCUGGAGCAGUCGAGCAACCUGACGGUUGGUUACUACGUCACGCGGGGCAGGCUGGUUUUCACGCCGGCUGCAGUCGCCGAGAAGCUGCUCGCCUACGGCCUCAGCAACGCCACGGCGGACAUGAAGCAGCACGUGCCACACCUGCAGGCCCUGGUGGCCCUGGCCCUGCCCUGGCAGCCCCUGCCCGCCUACCACUUCCAGCUGAAGACGGAGCUGCAGUUUGUGGGUCAAACAGAUAAUAUUCAGUCAUGCAAAUUUGUUCAGACCAUGGAACAGCGGCUCCAGAGAGCAUUUCAGGAUGCUGAAAGAAAGGUCCUAAACACCAGCAACAACUUGACUGUGCAGAUUUUGAACACCUCCAAUGUCUCCCAAGCUGUCACUCUGUUUUAUGUAGUGAAAAAUCAAAGCACAACUCUAAAUGGCACUAUUUCCAGCAACCUUCUUAAUCAGCUGUCAGCUGAGCUGGUGGGUUUCUACCUCACCUACCCACCUCUCACCAUUGCUGAAUCUUUGGAGUAUCCAAACCUUGAUGUCUCGGAAUCAACUAGAGACUACUGGGUGAUAACAGUCAUCCAAGGGGUUGAUAUUGCUUUGCUGGGGCUGAACAACCAGAGCUUUGCCAGGCUGAUGGAGCAGCGCUUGGCCCCGCUGUUCAUGAUGUCCCACCAGCAGGGACGGCGGCUCAGACGUGCCACCACCGUGGGCAGCUACACUGUGCAGAUGGUAAAAAUUCAACGUAUUCCAGGACCCAAGGAGCCAGCUGAACUGACAUAUUACACUUUAUACAACGGGAAGCCUUUGCUGGGCACUGCAGCUGCCAAAAUUUUGAGUACAGUUGACUCCCAGAGGAUGGCCUUGACCCUGGGCUAUGUCAUCCAAGUUCAAGCUGAUCCUGUGGUGAAGAACCCCCCAAACAACCUGUGGAUCAUUGCAGCCGUGCUGGCUCCCAUCGCGGUGGUCACCGUCAUCAUCAUCAUCAUCACCGCGGUGCUGUGCAGGAAGAACAAGAACGACUUCAAACCAGACACCAUGAUGAACCUGCCUCAGAGAGCCAAGCCAGUGCAAGGCUUUGACUAUGCCAAGCAACACUUGGGCCAGCAGGGAGCAGAGGAUGAGGUUUUACCUGUGACUCAGGAGACUGUCAUCCUUCCACUUCCAGUCAGAGAUGCUCCUGCCUCCCAGGAGAGAGAAACUACCCAGGAUGGGAGCACCAUCAAAACUGCCAAAUCCAACGAAACGAGGAAAAGCCGCUCCCCGAGCCGGAACGGCUCCAUCCUCAGCAACGGGUCGGGAAAGCCCAGCUCCGGCCGGAGCUCCCUGCAGAAAGUGAUGGCACCGCAGAAAGCGGCAAAAGACGAGGGCAGGAAAAGGAACGUGGCCGUGAGUGAUGAAGAGGAAGGAGGGAUUCUCUUUGAUAACGUCGCCAAGUCUGCCAUGGACCCCUUUGACACCUCCUCGGGCUCGGUGCAGCUCAUUGCCAUCAAACCCGUGGCCCUCCCUGCUGUCCAUGCUGCUUCAGAGAGGAGCCAGGAGUCUGCCAUCAUCAAUGGGGAGGUGAACAAGGCUUUGAAGCAGAAGUCUGACAUAGAGCACUACCGCAACAAGCUGCGCCUGAAAGCCAAGAGGAAAGGGUACUAUGACUUCCCACAGGUUGAUAACAGCAAGGCGCUGACAGACAGAAAAAGGAUGUAUGAGAAAAACCAGAAAGAACUUGAGCACAUUUUGGAUCCAGAUGCAGAUGUCUCAUCUCCUUUUGCUGAGCCUAAGAACAGGCAGCCACUGAAGAACUCUGUGUACAGAAGCAGGCAGUCCCUGAACAGCCCCAGCCCAGGGGAAACUGAGAUGGAUCUUCUGGUGACUCGAGAAAGGCCGAGGCGUGGCAUCCGGAACAGUGGAUAUGAUACCGAGCCUGAAAUUAUAGAAGAAACGAACGUUGACCGCGUCAACGAGCCGCGGAAUUACGGCAGGGCCCGGCAGGCCAAGGGCCACUCGGAGACGUCGACGCUGAGCUCGCAGCCGUCCAUCGACGAGGUGCGGCAGCAGAUGCACAUGCUGCUGGAGGAGGCCUUCAGCCUGGCCUCCGCUGGCCACGGGGGCCAGCCCCGGCAGGACGCCUACGGCUCGGCCCCGCACCUGCCCUACUCCGAGGUGGUGACCAGUGCCCCCGGCACCAUGACCCGGCCGCGGGCGGGCGUGCAGUGGGUGCCCACCUACAGGCCAGAAAUGUACCAGUACAGCUUGCCGAGGCCCGCUUAUAGAUUUUCUCAGCUUCCUGAGAUGGUAAUGGGUUCUCCUCCCCCUCCUGUCCCUCCCAGAACGGGUCCUGUGGCUGUUGCCUCUCUCAGAAGGUCUACAUCAGAUAUUGGCAGCAAAGUGAGAAUACCUGAGUCCAGUGGAGCAGAUCAGGCCCAGCAUCAUGAUCAGACACCUUUUGCAGCGGGUUCGAGAGCUCCCAUGUCUGUUGGCCCACUCGAUCAGUCGGCUUUUCACUCAGGAAAUACGGUACCAGCAGUGUUUGCCAUUCCAGCGAACCGACCUGGCUUCACGGGCUAUUUCAUCCCAACUCCUCCCACUGCCUACAGGAACCAAGCCUGGAUGCCCUAUGCUGGAGAGAAUGAGUUGCCAGGGCAGUGGGCAGACUCUGUCCCCCUUCCUGGCUACAUCGAGGCUUACCCGAGGCCCCGCUACCAGCACAACUCGCCCUCCCGGCUGCCCAGGCAGUACAGCCAGCAGGGCAGCCUGCACCCCAGCCUGGAGCAGGCUCCGCUGGCCUCCGCCGCCGCCUCCCAGCAGAGCCUGGCCGACAACGACCCCUCCGACGCGCCGCUCACCAACAUCUCCACGGCUGCCCUCGUCAAGGCAAUAAGAGAAGAAGUGGCCAAGCUGGCCAAGAAGCAGACAGAUAUGUUUGAGUUCCAGGUCUAAUAUACCUUCUGUGCUCGGUGUUUGUGUCUUGCGACCUGGGGUAGCCAAGAAAGCAACUCCUUUAAUUUUCGGCUACAGACUUUCUGUGAAUUGUGCCAAAGCGAUGGCAUUUUAAUCUGUCUGAAAAGUCAGCGCUAUGAAAUGACUUAAAGCAGAGCAACGGGACUCUGAAGACACGAAAUUCCGCUUUCCAGCUAAGGAAAAGCUGCCAGGAAACUGUUUCAUACUGAUGAGAUCAACCAUAUGCAAUUGUUUGUCACUUCGCUCUCGUAUUAUGACCCAUCGUCACUAAAGAUGCUGCUGAACAUGUCUGUGCCACAAGAAGUUUCAUUUGCAGGCCCAGAGGUAGAGCUGCUGAAAAUAACUUCUGCAUGCCAAAACUUUGAUUCAAGAAGAAAAACCCCGCAGAACAGGGUUUGCUGAAGGCCAUGGCUGGCAUGGCAGUGGCCGUGUUAAUUGUUUGCUGUAGGACAUGGUACAAGGGGUGCUGAUUUCAGCAAUGCAGAGUCAUUUCAGCCUUUUCAUCCCAGAGACUGUAUUCAAACCAAAAGAAUUCAACGUGAUUAAGUAAUACAAAUAAAAGUCCUGUAAAUAGCUCCGAGUCUCUUCAUCCUAUUAACAGUGCAAAGAAGUGAAAGAAGAGAGGACUGUGAAGAAGGUGAAUGACAUUUCCAUAAUUGGUGGCUACCUUGUCCCUCAGUGCCACCGAUGAGUUAUGGAGGAGAUUUUUUUUUUUUCAGCGUGAGUGAAUACAAUGCAUGAAGAGCCAGCAAAGGAUAUUGGUGCUAAAAGCUUCCCAGAGAAAUGAGAGAAGGUUAUUCCUGUUUUCCCUACAUUCGGGCUUUUCACUCUGAAUGCAUGUGAAGCUGGUAAACCUGAGACCUUCAAAUCCUUCCAACCUGGAAAAAUGAAUACACCUGCUUGGACAAGGAAACCUCUGUUCAACACAGUGCUUUUUUUCCUCUUUCUUUAGCAAUGCUAUCUACUAAAGUGAUGCCAGAAAGUGCUACCUUGAAGCUGCAGUUGAUUUUGAUUGCGCUGGCACGGUGAAUGCGCACCCAGGAAGUUCUGAAUGUAGAGGACCUAAUGACUAUAUUAACAUGUAAAUAAGUUAACAGCUACAUGGAUUAACAAAAAAUAUGAAUGUUCUGUGAAAAAGAGAGCAUUGCCAGAAAUGAUGUUGACUUUAUAUUGUGCAAGAUAAAGGUCACUGAUUGUUACACGGCGUUGUGGUAGGAAUCCAGUCCCAAAAGAAAAUCAAACCACUUGGGAUGGGACAGUAGUUAAUAUUUUGCAGUUGUACAAACUAGUUGAAGAUCACGAACAGUUGUUUUCAGUUCCUUCAGCAAUUAGCUUCAGGAACUGAAGUUGUUGCAAAAUUUGUUGUGUUGGGCGUGUUUGAUGUCAACUGGAGUUAAAGGUAAUGUCCUUCAUUUCAGUGGGUUAUUUAGUUAUCCUCAAUUACUAUUUUGUCUGAUCAUUUCAUUUCCCUGAGUUUCUUUGGUCUUAGCUGAUGUGAGAAAGGGAACUUGGUUUAGCUUUUUGGCCAUCAGUAAAUUGAGAGAAGGAGAGAGAAGACUAGAAUAGGGGAUAGAAGAAGAAAUUGAUGAAGCACAAACUUUUAAGGCAUAGCUAUUUCCCCCCCUAAUAAUCAUAUUACAAACCCUGAGACUGUGAUGUGUAAUUAUCCUAGAAUAUACAGACAUCCUCUGCUCCAAUACCUGGAAUAUUGCAGAAGCGUUUGGAAUGCUAGUAAAUCUUUCAAUAAAUGUGAAAUUUCAUUUUUAUUAUUUAAAAUCAGAUAUAAAUAAAAUGUAUUUUUGUAAUUUCUAUGUAUAUAUGUGCUGUAUAUUUAUAUAAGUGACUAGUCUGCUGUAGUCAGAAAAUUUCCAUAAACUAAGUGGAAAAAAAAAAAAAAGAAAGAAAGAAUAAACCCCUGAUAAUUGUACUGAUCAAUAUAAAUGUGCUAUGUCUGGAGUACACAAAUAUACAAUUGGGUAACUUGGAUACUAAACAACCAAAGAAACUCAAUUUUUCAUAUAAAUACAAGUCUAGUAAAGGCUGGCUGCUGUCUCAGUUACCUGUCAGCCAGGUAAUACUGAUAUUAUCAGUGUAAUACAACACAGCCAAAUUGGGUCAAAUUAAUAGCUGGCUAAGAGCAUCACACUUUAGAAUAACAGCUGAAAAAUACUGGGCCAAACCCAGUGUGCCACAGAAAGACAGGUUCCGGUUGGCUUCAGUGGGAAUUCCACUCACUGAGAGCAAGGCUGAGUUUCUCUAUUGGGCUUUGUCUAUAAAAGCAAAUUUCACUAGACCCCUUGAACAGAAAUCUGUUUAUUUCUCACUCAUUUGGAUCUCUGUAACGUAGGUGCAGAUAUAAUGGAAGAGCAGCUGACUUUUAUUUAGCCUGAGCUGGUUCACAGCUGGCCUGAGCUAACCUGGGAAGUAAAACCUACACCAGGUCGUGUCAGCCACAUUCUGCAUCAGCUUUAUUAUCUCAGUUUUUGAAUGAUUCUUCUAUGUAGCCCAGUGAAAUUUUGGAAGUAAAUGGGCCCUUCUAAGCAAUGGGGGUGAAAUGUGCUGUGUAAUAAAUUUCUCUAGCUUAGACUCCAGUUUUGCAGAGUUAUCCUGAGGCUGAAAUUAUGCGAGCAGCCACGAUCCCAUGGAUGGGCACGCUGAAGCCAUAGAGGUGGGAAGGGUAAUGUAAUAAUAUAGUCCUAAAAAAAUCACGGGAAGCAGGGCAUUCCAGUUUAAAAUGACAUCUUUUGGACACUUAUCUCUUUGUAAGUCUGUUCCCAUUCUUAAAUUGUGGCAAUUUAAUAGUUCUAUUAAAAAUGUGUGAGGGUAAAGCCUCCGAUAUCUUACACAAUGAAUCUUGUGUCUUGCCAUACUGGAAACUACAAAUUUUGGAAAAUAUAGAGAUGUCCAGGGUUUGGAUGUCUGUAGAAAAUGGAAAACCCCCAAACAAAAGCAUUUAAAUAGCCUUCUAGAAAGAAAAACCAUUUCAGUACAGUUAAACAAAGUACUCUUCAUACUUCUGACGAAGACCUGUUAGAGAUUCAAAAUUAAUUUUGUUUGGUAUUAUUAUGGAUGAUGUGCAGUCUAUUGAAUAUUUCCUGAGCCAUCACUCUGAAACCAUUGUGGUGCACUUUAUUCAGAAAACCAUCUUGCAUUCUUCAUUCAUGAUGCCUUUUUAUCCUGUUUGUAAUAUGUUUCUGUAAUUUUUUUUUUUUUUUUAAGUAUAAAGUAAGAUUAUAUCAAGACAGUUAGGACAUUCCUGGGAAAGAAAAAUCAUGCUGUACUAUUUAUACUGUCUGAGCACAAAGCAAUGAUAAAGUGAAAAUAUAGUGUACAAAUAAUUUGUAAUAUAAUAAACAUUUUGUAUGGCUACAAUUACAA